AGGCGGGCACCUCCAAGCUGACGGCCCAUGGAGAUUGCCUGGCCUUCCGGUACAACGGUGCGCGCAUCAUGGAGAAGUCCAACGGCAGCUGCCUGGCCUGGCAGCCCUUCGGGAACUUCUGGGAGCUCCAGGCCUGCGGGUUGCUGGAGCCCUCCGCGCGCUUCCAGCAGCUCGAGGAGGAUCCCUCGUCAUCGGUGAGUACCUUGUGCAGUGGCCACGGGGAGUUCUGCGUGGAGGUGGCGGAGAACCUGUGCACGGAAGAGGAGGGGCGCUGCAGCACAGAGACCUGCCGAUGCGAGAAGGCGGGCUGGACCAAGCAGGAGCUUCAGACGCUGAACGGCGCCCCCUGCUUCACCUGCGUGCCUGCCAGCAAGCUCUGCGGGGAGUGCGGCACAGCGGCCUGCGAGUGCGAGGCACCGCUCACCAAGGUGAAGGACGGGGACUGCUUCCGCUGCAGGGCCGGCACCGCCUUCAGCUCUGAGGCCUCCAAGUUGGGCCUCGUGGUGAUCUUCGUCUUCGCCGGCCUCGCCGUGGGCGCCUUCCUGCGGCGGAGCUCGGCCGUGCCGGGCAAGCGGGGCGAGCUCCGGUGGUCGGAGAGGCUAGCAGCAGAGUUGGAAGACUUGCUCGAGAGCAUCUACGAGGGCUUCUUGGAGAAGCUGCUGCUAGUGGGCCGCCUGCUGCGGCCCUUCCUGCGCCGCGCCGGGAGGUGCCUGGGCAAGGCUUUGGAUGAGGUGGAUAUGGCGCUGGAGCCCUUCUAUUGCUUUUGGGACUCCGUCAUGGAGGUCAUUUGGGACUGGGUGGUGGUGCAGCACGAACGCUUGGUCUUCCUGGUUGGCUGGCUCUCUGCCAAGCGCGUCGGGACAAAUGCGUCCCUCGAGGAACUGGAGGAGGAGGCGGGGGCUUCGAAGGGCCGCAAGGCGCGGAAGGCGAAGCCGGAGAAGCGCCGCGGCGCGAGCCCGGAGAAGGAGGAGGCGCCCGGCAAUCAGCCGGCACACCGCGAGGUCAACCUCCCAGAGAAGGUAGAGAAGGCGCAGGAGAAAGCGCCCAGCCGGGCCCAGCGGAAGCUGCAGCAGCGCCGCGAGAAGGCCGAGGCCGCGUCCGUGCCGCAGGAGACGAAGGAGGAUCCCCCCAUCGACGACUCGUGGAUCGAUGAGCUGGAAGCGCGCGAGAGCAAGAACAAGGCGAAGAGGGAGCAGAAAUGCGCCAAAGCCAAGAAGAGAGGCGCAGCAGCGUGCAAAGCUGACAUGUGCUUUGACACGGACCAGAUCCUUUGCGAAGCCAUGCAUGGGCUGUACCUCCUGGCGCGGGAGGUCGGGGCGCUGGAAGGGUGCGAGGAACCAGAAGUGGAGGUGCCUCCGGCUGAGAGGCCCGCGGCCAAGCGCUUCAAGGCGGAGGACACCGAGAAGGCGGAAGCGAAGGAAGCGACGAGGGAAGAGGACUCGGACCCCAAUGGCUUCGAGCACCGCCGCUCCAAGAAGAGCGCCUCACGGCGGCUCCAGCAGCAGCUCUCCGAGCGCACCGAGCGCAGCGAGCGCGCCGAGCGCGUGCGAGUCCCCGAGCGGGUGGAGCCCGUGGAGGAGAAGCGCCAGAAGCAGAAGAUGGAAGCCAAGGAGCCCAGGGAGCCGAAAGAGCCGAAGCGCAGGGAGGUUCCUUUGGCGAACCCGCUGCCGGCGAACCCGCGGCCGGCGAAUCCGGCGGGUCCCUCGCGCGUGAUGAGUCAGCGGAGUCAGAUGAGUCAGCCGAGUAAGCAGACCAAAGAGCCCAAGGAGUCCAAAGAGUCCAAGGAGAAGGAGCCUAAGGAGUCGAAGACGGAGCCGAAGAAGCCAAGGGCCUGGUCGGAGGUGGUUGCACCCUGGGCCAAGAAGUCGGACGAGGGCGGCAGCCGCCUGGGCGCCUCGGCGCCGGAGUUCGUGCCGCUGGCGCAGCAGCUCCAGGAGCUAGGCGUGCACGACUCCGGGGAGCUGGGUAUCACCACCGUGCGUCUCGCGGGCCUGGCGCCGGAGACCACGGGCACGGGGCUCUUCCAGCAGCUGGACUGCUGGGGCCUGGGAGGUUCCUUCGACUUCCUCCACAUCAUGUUGGAUGGUGAGGGGGCCUACGCCAACAUCAACUUCAUUGAUCCCAUUUUUGUCACGCUCUUCUGCUACCUCUGCCAGGAGUACCAGCUCCACGCGGAGAUCUCAGUGUCAGAAGUGCAAGGGAUCAAGGCGCUUACAGCGCAGUGGGUGCAGAGUGGGGACCCCAUCCAGGCGGUGGUGGUCCGCAACGCGCCUCGGAAGGAGCCACUGGAGCUUGGUGAAGUUGGGGAGGUUCAACGUCCAGAUAUCCAGGGCCUGGUGGAUGAGGGUGUGCUCCAGUUCCGGAAGACGAAGCUCUGCGCCCACAACCGGCGCAAGCGCUGCGAGAUGGGCGGCAGCCUUAGCCCCGAAGCAAGCCGACACGGCCCGGACUGCCCCUUCGCCCACUGCAAGGAGGAGCUUCAGCCCAUGCCCAACCUGGCGAAGACCAAGAUCUGCUACAACUACUUCCGGAGGAGGUGCAAUGAGCCCAACUGCAAGUUCGCCCACGGGUCCGCAGAGCUGCGGUCCCCCAUCUUCAAUUGGGAAGCCUCCGAGGCCCGGGGCUACACGGUGCUCACCGUCCAGUCCUGCCGGCGUGGGCUGCCGCUGGUCCCAACCGACGCGACCACGGAGGCGACGGUGUCCAUCAGUGCCGGGCAGAGCUUGGGCUUGGAGCACUGGACGCGCUUCAGCCCAGAUAUGGCCCCGAGCGGCUGCGGAGAAGGCACCCGCUUCUGCGUGUCGGACUACGUGCGAACCUUCGCCUCUCGCCUGGGUUUGGAGCUGGCGGCCUACAAUGCCUUGGACGGCCAGCGGCUGGUGCCCUACCAGUGCGUGGUGGCGCGCAAGGAGUGGGAGGCAGUGAAGGACCGCUUCGUUGAGGCUUUCCUGCUGCAGAAGAAGGCCUACCGCAGGGCCAAUGGCGGAUCCACCGCCCCGAGCUUCCAUGCGGACGUGCAGCCGCGCGUCGUGGACGUCGCGUCAGCAGAACCGAAGAGAAGGUCGGGUAACACCGCAAAGCACCCCGAAACGAUCAACCGGGUGGUAGUGCGCCGGACCUUCUUGGAGGUGGAAGAGGACGAGGACGAGAUGAUGGUUGCGCGGCCCGUGCGGCGGCCGAAGACCACAGGCAUCGUGGAGUUCGCAGUCCUGGCCUUUUGA